AUGGUGGAGCAGCUGAACUGUGAGAACAGGAAGUUGAAGUACAUGAGUCUGUCGUCUAAUCCGUGUUUGGAGGAGGUGCUUCCCAACAUCUCAGACUGCAUCGCUGUGGACGCAGACGCUGCAGACGGAAGUCCUGACACCUUCACCCAGUACCAACAACAAGUUAAAGAUCUGGGUGAGACAGUAAACACUUUAUUGGAGGAGAAGAAGAACUUUAUUACUCAGGUUCAUGAACAGCAGAGACGGAUAGAAGAGCUGACGUCACGGUCAGAUAAAGAUCGGGUUGAGAUGAAGGAUCUCCGUGAGACUGUUGAGCACCAACAUAAAACUAUCAAGAGAUUUAACAGAGUGUCCGUGAUGGCGGCUCAGGAGUACGACGGGAUGCAAGACCAGCUGGACCUGGAGCAGAGCCUGAGAGUGAAAGCUGAGACGUACGCUCACGAGAUGCUGGUGAAGCAGAAGGAGGCCAACAGACAGAGCAUGUUGCUGCUGCAGAGCUCUGAGCCGAGCGUUCAGCUCCUCAAAGCUCUGGAGGACGUGGCUACGAUCACCAAAACCCUGGAGGAGGAGCGACUGAGGCACCAGCAGGAGGUGGAGACUCUGGGGGCCCAGCUGGAGCAGAGCGGUGUGAAGAAGCAGCUGGAGGCUCUUCAGAGGCAGCUGGAGCUGCUGGAGGUGGAGAAGAAGGAGGUGGAGGGACGACUGGAUCGAGCAGAGAAGAAGAACGAGGAGCUGGAGGACCGAGUCAACGAGCUCCAGCAGACCCACAAAGAGGUCUCUGUGACAACCAGCACGGCCCCCCCUCCCCCUGAACCCGGGCUGGCCCCACCCCCCGCCCCUCCCUCCACUUCCCCCCCCCCCCCCCCUCCUCCUCCUCCUCCUCCCCCUCCCCCACCUCCUCCCCCCUCCAGGUGCAACCCCCUCAGCUCUCUGAUCGCCAUCAUGAGGAAGACCUCCAAAGGCUCCAAGACCCCUGUGAAGGCCUCGGAGCAGCCUGCAGCUGGAGAGGACGGAGACGUGAAGGCGAAGGCGCUGAACGAGAUGAUGGAGAGAAUCAAACAUGGAGUCGUCCUGAGGCCGGUCAAGAGUCAGGAGAGCAAGCAGAGAGCAGCAGUAAAACCGCCUCCAGUCUGUGAGGAGAAACCACAGGAGAGCGCCAUGGAGGAGCUGAAAGGCAUCCUGGAGACGGUGAAGAGGAGCCCCAGCCGAGGCUCUCAGGAGGCGGGGCCGUCUCCGUUGGUGAAGAAGAAGGACAGCGAGCUGGAGGUGAUCCUGAGACGAAGACGCAACAAGGCGGGAGAACCUGGUUCUGGAGACGAGCUGGACGGUCAGAUGAGCCACGUCUCGUCCUUCGACAGCCUGAACGGGAGGCGCACCAGCAGCGACUUGGGCCGGGAUCUGGAGGGACCGGGUCCAAAGCUCGGUCCAGAGAGACGGGGGUCCGGACCGGGUCCCGUCGUGGCCCGGAGAAGGAGGAGCUCUGAGACCGGCAGGGAGCCCCGAGGAGGCUCCUGGCAGGAGAGGAGGUCCUGCAGCUCCCUGACCGAGAAGGAUUCGCUCAGUAACAGCUGCAUCGGCAGCGUGGCGGAGGACGAUCGCCGUCCAGAUGUCCAGACGAACGGAGUCCGACCCGCCGAGGACGACACCGCCGCUGCCGAGUGCUAGAAAAUGGACGUCUGAGGUCAUCUGAUCAGCCAUUGGCUGAUGUGAGAGUGAUGUCAUCUGAUCAGCCAUUGGCUGAUGUGAGAGUGAUGUCAUCGGGGUCAGGGUGCGCUCACAACCGGAGUAGAAAACAUUCUGCUACUUUUUAUAUCUGAGUGUUUUUCUCGUCUAAUUCGUUUCUUUUCUCGAAAGGAGCUGAAGUGAGUUCAGAGUUCAAAGGUAAACGUUGUGAACGCACCCCCCCCC